AUGUUUCUCAAUAACAGUUAUAUGCCACAACGAUCAUCAAGUGAACAAUGUUUGGCGACAUCAACCCCGCCCAAUGUUGGGCCGUCGCAAAUCUUACCAUUCCUUUACUUAGGUUCGCAAGAAGAUGCACUAUCAACGAAAGUUAUGCAGGAUAACCAUAUAACUCACGUGAUUAAUGUGAGUAUUACGGGACAACGGGCGCCAUUCCUGGAGGAAAACGAUGAUGAGCAUUUUCUUCGAAUACCUGUCAAUGAUUGUCUCACUGCUCAGCUAUCAUCGUAUUUUGAUCAAGCCUAUUCAUUUAUUGAAAAAGCUCGAUUGAACAAUGGUCGUGUGUUUAUUCAUUGUUUAGCUGGCAUCAGUCGAUCUCCUGCUCUUGCUGUCGCAUAUAUUAUGCGUCAUUUGAAUCUUGCUGCUGAUGAUGCUUAUCGCUACAUUAAAGCACGUCGAUCACAUAUAUCUCCGAAUUUCAAUUUUCUCGGUCAAUUAUAUGAAUACGAACGUAGUCUACCAUCGCCAACACGGCCAAAUUCGGCAAUUACAAUGGUCAAAUGUACUCCAGUCGAAUUGACAUUAAACGAUUGUCGACGUUUUCUACAGGUUGAAGGUAGCAGUUCUCUCAAACGCGAACAUAAUAAUGAUCGACCCAAAGCUUUAUCACGCCCGAAGGGUUUUAAUUUCGAUUUGGUCAAUACACGACAACCUCAAUCGCUACUCUCGCCAUCGUCGGGAAUUGCUAAUCUAUCCGUUGAAUCACCUCAACCAACACAUUCAUCGUUACCAUCGAAACUACUGCGUCCGAACAGCAUCACAUUGAAGCGUUCAUCGCCAACAAAUGAAUCUUGUCAAUCACCUCAACUAUUAAAUAGUAGUUGUAAUAAUGAAUCGAAUUCGACGACUAAUAAACGUGUCAAAACUUUACCAAGAAGUACAGAUACGUCACCAUUAGUGGAAAAAAAUGAUUUGAUAAAUACGAUCUUCGAAGGAACGUCAAACUUAUCGAAAUCUCCAACUCGAUCGAGUUCAACUCAUUCGUUGGAUUCAGCAUCGGACACAGCGAAUGCAACAACAACAACAAAUUCUACUCUUAACACAAACAAAAGUCGAACAAAUUCAUUGAAUUCAAGUCGAGAAUUACUGGUUUCAUGA